AUGGGAAUGUUUCAGACAGGAGUCCCGCCAUGUCCAGUGGGCGUCUCUGGUGAAGAAAGAAACACGUUCCAGGCGGUCCUGGCCUCCUCCGGUUCCAGCUCCUAUGCCAUCUUCCUGUACCCCGAAGACGGCCUGCAGUUCACCUCGACCUUCUCCAAGCGCGACCAGAGCCAGGUCCCCGCCAUGGUCGCCUUCAGCCAAGGGCUGGUGGGACGCGUGUUGAGCAGCGACGGGGCGUAUAACAUAUUUGCUAACGACAGAGACUCGAUCGGCAAUUUGGCCAAGAGCAGCAACUCCGGGCAGCAGGGCGUCUGGGUGUUUGAGAUCGGGGGCCCCGACACAGCCAGCGGCGUGGUGUCCUCGGACGUGAUCCUCAGAGCGGACGACGGAGAAGACUACGACGAUGACGAAGAUUACGACUCGGUGACCAGUCUGGGCCCGGAGGACCUGGGCACCACCCCCUUCCCCCAUGAGACCCCGAGGAGGGGAGACACCGGCACCACCAGGCACCGGGUCUUGUCCCCCAGCCGCCCGGCCACCGCCAGGCCCGCCAGGCCUCCCACCGAGAGGACCCGGUCCUUCCAGCUGCCCGGGGCCAGGUUCCCCCAGCAGCACCCGCAGGUCAUCGAUGUGGAUGAGGUGGAGGAGUCGGAAGUCGUCUUCAGCUACAACACGGAUUCCCGGCCCACGUGCGCCAACAGCCGACACCAGUGCUCCGUGCACGCCGAGUGCCGGGACUACGCCACCGGCUUCUGCUGCAGCUGCGUCGCCGGCUACACCGGGAACGGCCGGCAGUGCGUGGCCGAAGGGUCCCCCCAGCGAGUGAACGGCAAGGUGAAAGGGAGGAUCUUCGUGGGGAGCAGCCCGGUCCCCGUGGUGUUUGAGAACACGGACCUGCACUCCUACGUGGUGAUGAACCAGGGGCGCUCCUACACGGCCAUCAGCACCAUCCCCGAGACCGUGGGGUACUCCCUGCUCCCCCUGGCCCCUGUCGGAGGCAUCAUCGGGUGGAUGUUUGCGGUGGAGCAAGACGGAUUCAGGCACGGGUUCAGCAUCACAGGGGGCGAGUUCACCCGCCAGGCCGAGGUGACCUUCGUGGGGCACCCGGGCAAGCUGGUCAUCAAGCAGCGCUUCAGCGGCAUCGACGAGCACGGGCACCUGACCAUCGACACGGAGCUGGAGGGCCGCGUGCCGCAGAUCCCUGUCGGCGCCUCCGUGCACAUCGAGCCCUACACGGAGCUCUACCACUACUCCCGCGGCGUGAUCACAUCCUCCUCCACGCGGGAGUACACGGUGACGGGGCCCGCGGCCCCUGCGAGCAUCCACACGUACCAGUGGCGCCAGACCAUCACCUUCCAGGAGUGCGUCCACGACGGGGCCCGGCCGGCCCCGCCCAGCACCCAGCAGCUCUCGGUGGACAGCGUGUUCGUCCUGUACAACCAGGAGGAGCGGAUCCUGCGCUUCGCUCUCAGCAACUCCAUCGGGCCUGUGCGGGACGGCUCCCCGGAUGCCCUGCAGAACCCCUGCUACCUC